AUGGAAGCCUCAGCGCACCCGCUCCAGCAGCCGCAGCCGCAGCCCUCGGCGUCCAAGAUCAGGAACCUGCCCUGGGUUGAAAAAUACCGGCCACAGACACUGAGCGAUCUCAUUUCUCAUCAGGACAUUUUGAGUACCAUUCAGAAAUUCAUCAGUGAAGAUCGAUUGCCACACCUGCUUCUCUAUGGGCCUCCGGGGACAGGAAAGACAUCCACCAUCCUGGCCUGUGCUAAACAGCUGUACAAAGAUAAAGAAUUUGGCUCCAUGGUCUUGGAGCUGAAUGCUUCAGACGACAGAGGAAUAGACAUCGUUCGGGGACCAAUCCUGAGCUUUGCUAGCACAAGGACAAUAUUUAAGAAAGGCUUUAAGCUGGUGAUCCUGGAUGAGGCGGAUGCCAUGACUCAGGACGCCCAGAAUGCCUUGAGGAGAGUGAUCGAGAAAUUCACUGAAAAUACCAGAUUUUGCCUCAUCUGUAACUAUCUGUCAAAGAUCAUCCCCGCUUUGCAGUCCCGGUGUACAAGGUUCCGAUUCGGCCCCCUGACCCCUGAACUCAUGGUCCCCCGCCUGGAACAUGUCAUAGAAGAAGAGAAAGUUGAUGUAAGUGAAGAUGGAAUGAAAGCGCUUAUAACUCUUUCCAGUGGAGAUAUGCGACGGGCUCUGAACAUUUUGCAGAGCACCAGCAUGGCCUUUGGCAAGGUGACUGAGGAGACGGUCUACACCUGCACAGGGCACCCACUCAAGUCAGACAUCGCCAACAUCCUGGACUGGAUGUUGAAUCAAGACUUCACCACGGCCUACAGAAAUAUCAUGGAGCUGAAGACGCUGAAGGGGUUGGCAUUGCAUGACAUCCUGACGGAGAUCCACCUGUUUGUGCAUAGAGUUGACUUCCCAUCUUCAGUUCGAAUACACUUAUUAACCAAAAUGGCAGAAAUUGAGUACAGACUGUCUGUGGGAACCAGCGAGAAGAUUCAGCUGAGUUCCCUCAUUGCAGCUUUUCAAGUCACCAGAGACCUGAUUGUCUCGGAGGCCUAGACGCUGAGGACCAUUUGCUGCAGCCGCAGGCCCAGCAGUGACUAGAGAACAGGGGAUCUGGUUACAGGACGAACUGCUGCCCGCGUGAGGGGGUGAAGCCACAGUCACCCAGUCUUGGAAAAUUCUUGUUCUAGGCAUGGGUGGGCAGACAUAUAAAAUACCUUGUUUGUGGCUGUUUGGAGCAGAGUAGACAGAACAAUUUUAGUGAACAACUGUCUUACUGCACUGCCCACUUGUGUUUUAUAGGUAGAAAAGGCAAACACCUUUAUUUCAACCGUAAGGCUUUUACCCUUUUGGACUAUAAGGCUUUCAAACCUAAUAUGGCCCAUGUGUCUUCCAAUUCAGGAUAAACAGAACAUCUCCAAAGUCACAUAUAGUCUGUGACCCUGUGUCUACUUUGAGGGUAGAUGUGAACAGAUUUCUGGCCCAAACUAUUAUACUCAUAAAAUGGACUCAAUUCUCUUCCUUUCAAAACUGGUCUUUUUAUUUCUCCUCUUGAAGUAGAGGACUUACUAGCAGGUUCCUAAUUGUGGGUGGACGGUAGAGAAAACUUUCAUUUUUAUGCCAUUAGGGGCCAGAAGUUGUAUAACACGUACUUACUGCAGGGGGUGGCAAGAGGGGAGGGGCACGGGAUUGAGCCUGACUCCACGCCUGCCACUGGGAAGGAUGGGCUUGGUGCAGAUGUGGCAGCUCGCUGCAGUGGUCCACGCUGCAUUGAUACCGCUCUUCAGAAUGAAAAUAAAGCAGCUUCCUUGUU